CCGCCUCCGGGGAGGAGGAGCUCGCGGGCCGGGGCCAGGGAAGGCAGACCCUGCUCCGCCCGGGUGAAAGGGCCGUGACGGCGCUGGGCGGGGCCGAGCUCCAGGGCUGGCUGCUGGGCUGCUAAGGGAACUGUGAGCUGUUCGGAGCCGCGCGACUCCCGGGCGGGGCGGGGCCGGCCGAGGGAGUCCGCGCGUGCCCGCGCUGAGCUGCCUUUCCUGGCUGCUGCGCUGCUCGCCCGCGGCGACGUCGGGCAGGUUUUUCCAGGAUGACCGAGCUGAGGCAGAGGGUGGCCCACGAGCCGGAUGCGCCACCCGAGGACAAGACACCACCUUACAGCUUUGAGUCGGGGCUGCCAGUGUGAAAGAGCUUGAAGCAAGUUUUCAUAGACUUUCAUCGAGGUCACAUUGGUCAUCCCAACAACCUUCCAAGACAGGGAGUCCUUUCCCCACUAAAGACCAGAGCAUGGAGGCCUGUGCUGCGUGUCACGAGUGUCAGAGCUGGCCCUGGGCCUUGCUUUCCUGGACUGGUUGCUGCCUCAUUCUGCAGAAAGUUUUCCUUGACGUCUCCCCGCCUCGCUGUGCCCCAGAGGAGCAAACUGAUGAACAUGUUCAGCAUGUGCCACGUUUCUUGUGGGAAGGAGCAUGGGUCCCAGGUCCUUGAGUCCUUCCCGAUCCUCUGUGGAAGCUGUCGCCGGCACUCAGCUUCCUUUUCCCAGGAGUCAGAGUCAGAAGCAAAGGUAGAUGGAGAGACUGCGUCGGACAGUGAGAGCCGGACAGAAUCUGCUCCCCUGCCAGUCCCUGCAGAUGAUACCCCGGAGGUCCUCAAUAGGGCCCUUUCCAAUUUGUCUUCAAGAUGGAAGAACUGGUGGGUGAGAGGCAUCCUGACUUUGGCCAUGAUUGCAUUUUUCUUCAUCAUAAUUUACCUGGGACCAAUGGUUUUAAUGAUAAUUGUAAUGUGUGUUCAGAUUAAGUGUUUCCAUGAGAUAAUCACUAUUGGCUACAACGUCUACCACUCCUAUGACCUGCCCUGGUUCAGGACCCUCAGCUGGUACUUCCUCCUGUGUGUAAACUAUUUCUUCUAUGGUGAGACAGUGACAGAUUACUUCUUCACCCUGGUCCAGAGAGAAGAACCUUUGCGGAUUCUCAGUAAAUACCACCGGUUCAUUUCCUUUACUCUCUAUCUAAUAGGAUUCUGCAUGUUUGUACUGAGUCUGGUCAAGAAGCAUUAUCGACUGCAGUUCUACAUGUUUGGCUGGACCCAUGUGACACUACUUAUUGUUGUAACACAGUCACAUCUUGUGAUCCAUAACCUAUUUGAAGGAAUGAUCUGGUUCAUUGUCCCCAUAUCUUGUGUGAUCUGUAAUGACAUCAUGGCCUAUAUGUUUGGCUUUUUCUUUGGUCGGACCCCACUCAUCAAGCUGUCCCCGAAGAAGACCUGGGAAGGCUUCAUUGGGGGCUUCUUUGCUACUGUGGUGUUUGGCCUUCUGCUGUCCUAUGUGAUGUCUGGGUACAGAUGCUUCGUCUGCCCUGUGGAGUACAACAACGACACCAACAGCUUCACUGUGGACUGUGAGCCCUCAGACCUGUUUCGCCUGCAGGAGUACAACAUUCCUGGGGUGAUCCAGUCAGUCAUUGGCUGGAAAACGGUCCGGAUGUACCCCUUCCAGAUUCACAGCAUCGCCCUCUCUACCUUUGCCUCGCUCAUUGGCCCCUUUGGAGGAUUCUUCGCAAGUGGAUUCAAGCGAGCAUUUAAAAUCAAAGACUUUGCCAAUACCAUUCCUGGCCAUGGAGGGAUCAUGGAUCGCUUUGACUGCCAGUAUCUGAUGGCCACCUUUGUCAAUGUAUACAUCGCCAGCUUUAUCAGAGGCCCUAACCCAAGCAAAUUGAUUCAGCAGUUCCUGACCUUACGGCCAGAUCAGCAGCUCCACAUCUUCAACACGCUGCAGUCUCAUCUGAUCGACAAGGGGAUGCUGACAUCUGCCAUAGAGGAUGAGUAGGGGCCACUCAGGGCCAGGAGAACAGGAACGGAACUGAGCAGGGGCAGGUCUCCAAGACAAGCCCAGCUGGUGUGACUUAAGACAAUGACAAGGCUUCAACUCACUCUUUUUUUUUUUUUUUGUAGGUUGUUUUUUAUUUGUGGGUUCAAAAAAUCUGUAUAUACGGUCUGUAUGUUUAGAAUUUAUGUUGUAACUAAACUACAGCUUUGAGUUGGAAAGAAGUCAUCGGGGUAAAACCAUUUUUUUUUUUUUUAAACAAAAGUAUUAAUAAUCUGGAAGACAGUGUUGCCCAGGUCAGGAGUGUUUUUCUGGUAGUUCCAGCCCCCAUCAAUUGAACUGUUUCUGGGCUCAGUCAGACACAGACAUUCAUCUGUGUCUGACCAAAUCAGGGGGCUUCCCCACCUGUGUGGGGAGGCAUAGCUUGGAUGUCUUGUACACCUGGUCUUUUCUAGAAAUCCCUGCUUGGACCUGCAGGAGGGUUGCCUUCUGUAGGUCGGAGGAACAAAGGCUUACUAACCAGCUAAGCCUUCUAUUCACACCAAAAUCAUGCAGAAUGUAACUAAGCUCUGCUUUAUAAGAUGGUUUCACCUUCAUCGCAGAUUGAAAGUUUCAGUUUUUAUUUUUUUCAGAAAGCACGAAAAAUUAUUUAUAAUAGUCUGGAGAAAAAAACACACUGUAAUAUUUCAAGUAAAUGCAGUAGAAUGUACUGUAACUGAGCCCCUUCCCACAUGUCUAGGCUCCAGUGUCUCAAGUCCACCUAACCAUGUCUUUUCAGGGAUGAUGCCAUCCACGUUUGUGCUGUAGACUUGCUGCUGCUGAAUCCUUUCUGGGGACUUUCCCAUUGGGCAGGGAGCAGAGGGCUUCUCGUUCAUGCACCCUUUGCCUGAACACCCAUGUAGCUGCUGUGUAUGUAUAUAUUACUCUUUAGAGGAGUGUGUGUGUCUGUGUGUGUUUUAAAAGUCACUUAUUUCUUACAUUGAUUUCAAUUGCACCAUGACUUCUUCGAUGAAACCACAAAGUCCUGCUUAAAACUAUGGAAAAGCUAACCUGAUUAGAGGCUUGACUAUUGUGAAGAUUAAAUGCAUACUUUAAUAUAAUGUGACCAAUUUAAAUGUAGUUUGUAUUUUACUGGGGGACCUUUUGUUGUUGUUUGCUUAAACUGUGAUUUUUUUUUCUCCUCCCUAAUUUCAGGGAUGAGAUUGACUUUGGGAAGACAGAUUAGUUCUUUGUCAGGCCAACAAGCAAUGGAGUGCAGGAGAGAGAACUUGGUGCCCAAAUAUAUUAAAUUAUUCUGUGCCAUGGACGUUUUCAUUGCCAAUGAGGGUGUAAUUACUUAUUUCAGCACCUUGGUCUAGUGCUGGUUUGUGGUGGUUUUGUUUGUAAAUUAGCCUCACCACCUUCCUGAAAGCACACAGUCAGCCCAGGUCUCUGGAGCCUGCAGCAGAGGGUGGAGCCCUGGGAUGUUUCAGCUCACAUACCCCUGAGUGACCUCCCACAUGCGUGCAGGGCCGAAGCAGCUUCUUUCCUCUGAAAUUGUAUUUCCAUUUCAGCCUUGUGGCUUUUCUUAUUCAGGUCCAAGGCUCCUUAAAAGCAAAAUAUAUUAUUGCAAAGGGUUUCAUUUCAGUACUCACUGUGUGACCCCAGGUAGGAUGCAUCACUCUCAAGGGCCUCUUUUUCAGAGCUACUCCCAGUUCCACUUUUUUGCGAUUUUGGCUGAGCAAGUUCAUGCCACUAGAGGCUCACUGAGUAAGGUCCUGUGUACCCCCAAAUGGGUAGUGCUUUCAGGCCCUUACAUGCUUAUCCUCUAGGUGAAUAGUUACCUCAGCAGCACACCUGAACAGUGAAGGUGAUCGAUAAUGAAACUGUAGUUUUCAGAUUGAAGAAUGAACCUGGAUCACCAAACUAGAUACCAAAAGGGUUCCUUAUUUGUCUCUUUUGUCCAAUUGUGGGCAUAUGGUGGGCUCCUUGAGAGGAGGGAGUCUCAGCUGGGGCCCUGGCUGCAGAGAGCUGCUCUUGAAUAGGGCUGCCUCUGGGAUCAGGGAGCUGAGCAUACCAGGCAAGGCUCAUGUUCCUUUGUGGAAGUGGUCACUGGGUAGGGGGUGGGGUGCAGAAGGUGGUACCUAGGAAGCCGAAGCUGGGUGCUCACUAGAGCUGCUAGCAGGCAGGCCAGAGGGUCAGCUUGUGUUUUAUUUUCUGAUUUCCCCUGCAUGCUUUCUGGAGAUGAGGAAUUUUCAUCAGGUGGCUAGGAGAGUGUCGCCACCUUGUGUCCAUAUACAGCACAUUUUGCCUAUUCACAGACAAGAUUCAAGAAACUAUUUUUAUGUAUAUACAUUCAGAUCUUAAUGAAUGGCAUCACUUGCUUUAGACCCAUUUUUUUUUUUUGGUUGGAAAUAAAAUGUGACUGCAACUGUGUGCCUUCCCUUGUGAAUUCCCUGUUUAUUACUUUCAUUGUGGUUUUAUGCUUCCUGUUUGUUUAUGUAUUCAUAAAUAUUGCAUAGUCCUCAUUCAGAGACUUUUGCUUUGCUUUCCAGCUUGUAUCCCUACAUUCUCACAACAGCCUUCUUACCUUGGGUGUGAGUCAUGAGCACCUUACCAUGCAGGGAGCUUCCCCAGGAUAGCAUGGUGGAGUAGGGAAUCACUCCAUCCUGUGCUUUACCCACAGGACACCUGGAGAGUCUCCCAGCCCUGCUUGCUUUUGUGUGUUGUGAGUACACUGAGGUGUUGCAGCUUUCCUCUAGCUCAGGAGGCCUGGCCUGAGCCAGGUUGGAGCUUAGAUUGCUGUUGGCUCCUACCUGGUAGAAUAAGGAGUUGAUGAACAAGGGCUGAUGGGCAUCCCCCCAGCCCCUGGGAGCUCUGCUCACGACCGCUUACAGGACACUGAGUCUUUGCCUUUUGUGUGUUUGCAUGCUGCUGUCUUAACUGCUUUUCAUAUUUGAAAAGGUUCCAUUUAUAUUUUAUUCCUGAAAGUGAAACUGUCUUAGGCAGCUCGUUUUGUAUUCUGGGCAUUUUAGUAGCUACAGUAUUUUGCAUUUAAAAUGUAAUUACUCUUAGUAUUAUACAUCCCUAUAAUGUAUGAGAACUAGUUUCACAUCCUUUGAAACUAGUCUCUUUCAUUGGGGGGAUAUAACUUUUUACUUUACACAGGUGGGCUUUGAGACCAUUUUUAUAGAUUUUUUUUUUCACUGGGUUUUUAUCCUGUAACUUGACCUAUAUUAUGCAAGAAAAUCCCUAAAAUAUGUUUUAAGAGGGACUACAUAGACCUUGUGAUUUGGGGCUGAGCUAGUUGCUGAGUUGACUGGAGCCUUAUUUGAAUGGAUCCUUGAGUUGAGAUCUUCACAUUGUCAGUGAGUCCUUGGCUGGCUCAAGUCCAUGUCCACUGUUGACAGAGUUGGGUAGUGGAAGGGUGUAAAUGACUUGGGACGGAGAAAACUGUGAAGCAGGGGCCUUGUUAGCUACAAAGCCAUCCCUAAAUGCAUGUUCAAGGAAGUAGAUUUUCAUCAUUCUACUAAAUGUGGAAUGUCACAGCUAAAGCCUCUCCAUUUUAGUAAUAUCUUAGACACUGUUGUCUUUUGUCUUCCAGAGUGACACAUCUGGGAUCACCUUUCUUGCACUGAUUAUGUGCUAAGAAAAGGGUGAAGAUAGGCCGGGCGCGGUAGCUCAAGCCUGUAAUCCCAGCACUUUGGGAGGCCGAGACGGGUGGAUCACGAGAUCGAGAUAUCGAGACCAUCCUGGUCAAUGUGGUGAAACCCCGUCUCUACUAAAAAUACAAAAAAUUAGCUGGGCAUGGUGGCGCAUGCCUGUAAUCCCAGCUACUCGGGAGGCUGAGGCAGGAGAAUUACCUGAAUCCAGGAGGCGGAGGUUGCGGUGAGCCGAGGUCGCACCAUUGCACUCCAGCCUGGGUAACAAGAGCGAAACUCCAUCUCAACAAAAAAAAAGGGGGAGGUGGACAAUUUCACUUGGACCCAGGUUCCUGUUCUUCUGAGGUCAGGGUAGGGAGAAUGUCCAGGUGACUUCUGUGGACACACUGCAAGACAGUAAGCUGCGGAUGGAUUCUCGCUUGUGUUUUGGAACCCAGGGCUCCAAGGAGCAGGUGGACCAAACUGUGGGCUCUUGAAGAUGGUGGCUAAUACUUGGGCAGAGCCUCAUAUUCUUCCCUGUCUUGGUCAAAACAAACUUCCUUUUCUCUUCAUCACCCUCCACACAUUUGCCCAGCAGCCAGUAUUUAAAGAGAUGAACAACUCUCAUUUCCUGACUCAGUUUCUCUUCUUGGGUGGGGGUCUUGUGCCACAACCUGCAUGGGGUCCUAGGGUUUAAACCAAGUGGUGAUGAAGGAUUCUUAUCUCAGGGCUCUGCCUGUCCCACCUUCUCUUGAGCCUGGACUGUCCUCAUCCACAUCCCUGCAGAAGGUGGGCCCUAUUCUCAGAAGAGUCCUGGCUGCUGUUGCCAUUUGAACGUGCCCCCACUUUUCAGGUUGACCAGCAGUGGCCUUAUCUGGCCUCUCAGGUGGAUGGAGGCUGUUCUCACCUGGGUCUGUUUCUUGAUUAAGGCUGUUACCUGUUUGUAUGGGGAUCAUGUUUCCCAAGACACGUUGCAGUUUAGGAGGUUUUCCUUUGGAUGCUGAAGUGUUGGGGCUUUGAGGACAUGUAGAUGAUUUAUGAGAACAGAGGGGUAGAAUAUGUGAAGUCUAGGGUUUUGCGGCCAGUGGGUUUUGAAUUCGUUGGCUGUUUAAAGACCCUGUCCUCUACCCUCCCCUUCCUUUUUCCAUCAAAUGCUUGCCUACUGAGGCACCUUCUCUUUUUAUUCUUGAGCCAAUGAGAUAUCAGUGUGUUUAUUAAUAAGGAUUGCAACAGCAUAGUGCUUAAUAUGUAUGUGCCAGGCAUAGUGCCAGGAGUUUACAUACGUUAUCCCUUUUAAUCCAGAAAACAACCUUUGAAUUAGGUAUUAUCCCCAUUUGUAGAUGAGGAAACUGAGGCAGUAUGACUGAGACCGAGAGCAGUGGUUAAGAAGACAGACUUUGGGAUUAAAUCACCCUAGGUGCGGGCAGGUUGCUAGGCUACUCUAAGCUUCAACCUUUAAGUCAGUUGGGUCUGAUAAUAUUACCUUCUUCCCGGGUGGUGGUGAGGGUGUAAUGAAGUAGUGCAUGUAAGCAUUUAGCACCGUGCCUGGCACAUCGUAAGUGCUCAGUAAAUGGUAGUUACUUUUGUUGAGCUCAGCUGGUAGUUUGACUUCCAUUGUUGCAAUGCCAGAGAUGGGAUUCCCAGCCACCGCACUACCACCACCCUGCACACAGCCUGAGUCCCUCUGAGAGAAGCAGGCCAGCCUAACACCCCCUGAAGCAUCUUGGUGCUUCACACACCUUUAGGAGGCCAGCCUAACAAGAGGCAAGAGGACAUGAGGGUGUGCAAAAGUUCUGCCUUAGUGGGAAUGGCUGGCCUGAGACUGCAGCUCACCUCCUCUGCCCAUGGUCUGGACUGCUUGUGUGAAGGAGGCCCUCUCUUUCUGCCUGGUGGUGCCCGCCCCCCUCUGGGCAAGGAGGGCCUGUUGGUGAUUUGCUGUGGACCCCACUUCCCCCUCUGGCCAAGGGCUGUGUUCUGUGCACAUAGCUUAGGAACCUGCAGCAUUUUCCUAUAUGGGUGGAUGUUAUCGGGGCCAAGAAGAGUGGGGAUAACAGAAACCUGCUUUGUAGGGGAUUAUGUAGACUAAAAGCCUAGAAGUUCUGCCCACAUCCUUAUGACACAGGCAAUCUGGAGCUUCAUGUUUCCUUCUUAAAAGUAGUAACAGGGUAGAAGUGGGUGACCCAUUGAGGACACAUGAUGUGAGGUAUUUCUCCCAGAUUUUAGGUUAGCAAAGACUCAGAUGGGUGACUCAUAAAUGAAGGGAGAAGAGACACAAGACUGAAUGGAGAGUUUUUCUUUUUUUUUUUUUUAAGAUGGGGUUUCAUCAUGAUGGCCAGGCUGGUCUUGAACUCCUGACCUCAGGUGAUCCACUCAUCUUGGCCUCCCAAAGUGCUAAGAUUAGAGGCAUGAGCCACCGCGCCUGGCCUGAAGAGUUUCUUUAACUUAGUUUUCUGAAUGGGGAUGGGGAGUUGCGGCAUGUGUGUGUGUGAGGGGAGGCCACUUCACUUUGAAGGAAUGGUGUUGGCUAACAGGAUCCUUGGAAUUCUAGUUAAUUGAUUAAUAACUUUGAACUACUGGUUUGACUGUGGAUUAUUUCCUGGAUAUUAGUGGGACCCAACAGCACAUUGCUAAUAAUAUAUGGAAAGAAUGGUCUCUCUGCUUCAGUGAAUUAAUGAAGUAAUGAUAAUACCAUGAACCAGGAGAAGAUGGUUGUGGGGGUUCUAGGAAGCAGCUGCUCUGAAUGGGCCAAUCCCAGGCUUGCCCUGGAGCCCUCUCGCCCUUCUGGGUUUGUAUUGGCCUGGCCUGGCUCUUCCUCCCUCAUUGUGCUGUUGAAUGGACCCAGGCAGCCUUGUAUCCAUAGACAACCUUCACUCUUGGGGGUAAGGGCCCUCUGGAAAUCAAGCAGAGAAAGCCCUUGCAGUGGUCUCCUGGGCAUUGGGCAGAGCCUAGCCCUUUGCAGCCCCCAGAGGACUUCCCUGCAUAAAGCACUUGGAGGGGUUAGUCACCUGGUGAUUCUGUCCCUAGUGAAACCCUGUUUGCUGAUAAUAUCCACAUAGCCCUCUCUGUCCUCGCCGUUUGGAUGCCUCUUUUUCACCUGCGUUAGGUUCUUGUACUUUUUAUGCUGGCUUUUCUUAAAGGAACACCAGAGUAGAAAAGGGGUUAAGAAUGUUUCUAGCAGGCAGGAUGUGCAUACAUGUUUUUAUGAGUGUCCUUUGUGUGCUGUUUCUUUUAACUCCUCCAUGCACAGGGCUCCGGCCUUUAGUAAACGCUGUUUUUCUGUCUUACGUCAUGCUGGCUGGGUGGUAGGGGCUGAUUACAAAGGGGAAGAGUUGAACAGACAUCAGGGGCCAAUGAAAUCAAAGGACUAGGAGUCAGAAGAACAAGGCAGGGACUAGGAGACAGUGGUUUGGUUUAUUGUUACCCAGCUGGAGGACUCAUGGGGCAGCAGCAGGAAGAACACGGGGGCCAGGGAGGGGCCAGGAGUUCCACAGUGGAGGGCAGACUCUUUUAACAGAGGCCAGCUGAAUGCUUGCUGACCCUGGAUGUCAUGUGAGUUGGGGACCAGAAAUCUGGGCUCAGAGAACCCGUCUAGGGAGAUUUGAAGCCAUGGGUUAUCUUCUAGAGUUGAUGCUGACACCAAGUUUUAAUUUUUAUUGAUGUUUAACACCUUCUAAAACAGGAGGGUGAGAUCAGAUGGCAAGCCCCUCUGUUGAAGGAUCUUGGGAACCUUGGUGGAUUUUGGUUGAGUUAUGCACAGCUGUGGACAUCCUUCUUAAUUCUCUCCACUCUGAGGAUUUGUUUAACUAGAAAGUUCCCAGACACAGAAAUGGCCUCCCCACCUGCUUAGGGGAGCUGUCAGCUAGGAGUGCCAGGCGUCCCACGGGACCCAUCACUGCCAGUGUCUGUGCCUCCCAAAGGUCAGCCUUGUGUCUGCCCUGGCCCUGUCUCCUCUGUGACAGGGCAGAGCAUUUCUGGUCAGUUUCUCCUUGAUGCCCCCUGCCCCUUUGUAAAGUGGAUGGACAUGGUGGAAUUCCUGAUAGCCUGGGUGUUGAUGAUAUUCACUUUUCCCGCAAUCAGACAUGGGCGAACUUGAAGCAGCUCUCGGUGUGCAGAGUUCACGUGACAGCCCCCACAGACUCCCCAGAUAGGUGUGUGCCUGUGCGCUACUGCUGUGCCAUUUCCCCAACUUGGUGUUUCACUAAAUGCAGCUGAUCUCUCUCUCUGCACUCGUGAUCUGUGUUGAACAAUACAUGUAGCUUCUUUUUCCAUGCAAUGAAAGGACAUGAUAUACUGUACAUUGGAAAGCAUUUACCGUAUUUAUAUACCUGAAUGUUCCCACUACACAAAUAAACAUAUAUUAAAUUCUA